AUGGGAUGCAAGUCUGCCAAACAGAUUUGGGAUUUGCUACAGGUAACUCAUGAAGGUACUAACGAGGUAAAAUGUUCUAAAAUAGAUUUAUUGAUGUCUAGGUAUGAAAGGUUUGAAAUGCAGUCUAAAGAAACCAUAGAAGAGAUGUUUACCAGAUUCAAUGAUAUUAUUAAUGAACUGAACUCCCUUGGCAGGCAUAUUCCUAUUGAUGAACAUGCAAGGAAGAUCCUAAGAAGUCUACCACAAGAUGAACACUGGAGAUCCAAGGUUACUGCUAUGCAGGAAGCUAAGGAUUUCACAAAGUUUAAUAUGGAACAACUAGCUGGAUCAUUGAUGACACAUGAACUUCAUCUGAGUUCCAAUACUGAAAGUUCCAGAAGUAAAAGCGUUGCACUUAAGGCUCAAGAUUCAGAAGAAUCGGAAGUUGAUGAGGAAGAGAUGGCUAUGCUAGUGAGGAAAUUUAAAAAGAUGAUGAAUAAUAAGAAGUUCGAGAGGAACAAGAAGUUCACAAGUUCUAGAAACACAACAUGCUUCAGGUGUGGGUCAAAAGAUCACUUCAUUAAGGAUUGCCCUGUACAGGAUGGAGAGAAAGGAAAGACAAAAGGCAAAGAACAAUCCAAAGAGUCAAAAGUCUAUAAGCCUUACUUCACCAAGGACAAUGUGAAGAAAGCCAUGCUAGCUGCUUUGGGAGAUAAAGAUUCAGAAGAAGAGGAGGACCAACCAUUAGAAGAAACCGCUCAUUUAUGUUUAAUGGCAAAAACUGAUGAAGCUGCCAAACUAAAGGAGCUUGAGUCUAAGGUAUGGCUCUCUUACAAUCAAUUAAAACAACUGUCUAAAGAGAAUCUAAUAAAUACUGUUUUGGAAAUUCAAGAAGAUUUAAAGGAAUUACAUAGAUCCAAACAACAAAGUGAUAAAGCUUUAGUUACAUACAAAGAGAACAGUGAAUGGGUUGAUAACAUGAAGUUUGACAUUCAAUACAGGUUCUUUAGUCUGUUUGAUGAUAAUAAAAAUUUAAAAGAGACUAUAGAGAAUCUGAAACAAGAUAACAUACUUCUGAAUGUGGAAUUGUCUUUGUUAAAACUUAAUGUUGAUACUCCUAACUCUGAAGUUCCUCCACCAACUGAUUAUCCGAAUUUCGAAAAAUUAAAACAUGAUUUGGAAAAUUUAAAAACGGAUAAGGUACGUCUUGAGGGGGAACUUGAGAGAGCUAGGAAAGGUUCUAGUGAGGGGGAACAACACUUGAUAGGAAGGUCACGUUCCCAUGCCAUUGAUAAUGUAUUUUUAGUCGAGGGCCUCAAACACAAUUUGUUAAGUAUUUCACAGUUUUGUGACAAAGGUAAUUCUGUUAGCUUUACUUCUAAUAAGUGUAGAAUCAUCCACAAUGACACUUGGAACAUUAUUUUGGAAAGAACUUGUGAAGGGAACACAUAUAUUGUGGAUCUUAAUGAGGUUCCUAACAGCAGUUUAACAUGUCUUAGUGUUAUUGAGGAUGAUCCUCUUUUAUGGCACAGAAGGUUUGGCCAUGCAAGCUUUUCUUUACUUGAUAAAAUAAGAUCUAAGAACUUAGUGGAAGGACUUCCUUGCAUUAAGUUCCUGUAUGACAAAGUGUGUGAAGCUUGUGUUAGAGGAAAACAGAACCAAAUUUCCUUCAAGUCCAAAAAGAUGAAAGAGCAAAGAAGAAUAGGCAAUCAAUUGAUACAUCUUAGAUCAGAUCAUGGAACAGAAUUCGAGAAUUCAAAAUUUGAUGAAUUAUGUACUGAGUAUGGUAUGGAUCACAACUUCUCUGCCCCAAGAACUCCACAACAAAAUGGAGUGGUGGAACGCAAGAAUAGGAGCCUUGAAGACAUGGUAAGGACAAUGCUGAUAUCAAGCAGGCUUCCUAGGAACUUCUGGGCUGAAGCAGUUAACACAGCAUGUUAUAUACUUAACAGAGUAUCUGUUAGGGCCAUCACCAAUAAAACUCCCUAUGAACUUAUGAAAGGGAGAAAGCCUAAUAUUUCCUACUUUAGAUCUUUUGGAUGCAAAUGCUUUGUUCACAAUAAUGGUAAAAGGAACUUGGGUAAAUUUUAUGAACGUAGUGAUGAGGCAUUAUUCCUAGGAUAUGCCUCGAAUAGUAAAGCUUACAGAGUCUAUAAUAAAAGGACUUUGUUUGUUGAGGAGUCUGUACAUAUUAUAUUUGAUGAAACUGAACAUUUGGUUGAUGUACAGGACUGUGAUGAUGAUUUCGAAAUCGGACUUGUGCGUAAGCAGAAUCCGGAAGAGGAACCAGCAUCACAGCAGAAGCAGCAAGUUGAAAUUGCUGAAGUAACGAAUCCUGAAGCAAAUGCUGAACCUGAGAUGGAGAAUGCACCAGGAACUCAACUUCAAGAACAGACUGAUGUCCAUAAUGAAGACCAGAAUGUGGAAACACCUGAAGAAGUUCAAACUUAG